AUGGAAGAGGAGAAUUUUCUCUUUGGAGGUGCUGCCUUGUAUCACACUGUGGUUGAUGGCAAGCACUGUUAUGAAGUGGGUAAAGUUUUGACCAGUAAACCAAGUGAUUUUGGCAGAAAAGGGGACAAGCUCCUGAUGAUAAAUGAUGUCGAAACUCAGCAUUUGCCUCCAAAGAAGUUUGUCAGGAUGCUAAGCUCAGGGUCUCCCUUCCUGACCAUGCACCGGGCAAGUAUUGAUGAGGCAGAGAAGAAAUGCCCAGAGUCUGAAGGCAUGAGACCCUACCACAAGGAAAGGACAGUUUUAAACUUCAGUCUGGCCAUGGUUAGAGAAGCAUGUCUGGAUAAAGAUGAAGAAAAUCCACAGGUGCCAGAAGAGUCUGAAUGGGAGAGCAGUAAUAUGGAAGGCGAGUCCUUCACUGAUGAGGAAAUUCUGCUUGUGUCUAUGACUAACACAAGUAUAGCAAUUGUGCAAGCAAGAGGAUGCGAUGCCCAAAACCCAUGCGGCAGUUGUGGCGGCACAGGGUGCACCAUCAAUGACAUUGUCAUGGCCAGUAAGCAGAGUCAGAUCACAUCAGUGAUCUCCGAAGCUCCUAACAGAAACAACCAAUCACAGCAAGACUGGACUCUUUCCUCUAGUGUCAGUUUAUGUAUCCAUAGUGGUCAUCCAGCUUCUGUUUCUCCAGUUUGCAGAGAAUAUAUUAAAAAAAAUUUUGAAAGAGGUCAAGUUUUGAUCCAGAGUUUACUGCAAAAAUCCAUCAGUCCUGAAAAUAUCCCCAAUCCAAGAAGACGAAGCGCUUGCAUUAGUAAUCCCACCACAGCAAAUAUCACAAUCUACUACUACAUAUCAAAUGCAGAAAAAGAUUUCGACAAAGGUGUUCCUGUUGUUUUGAACUUCAGUGGCUCAACAAGCUUUCUUAAAUGCAUAUGUCAGAAUGACAGACCAGCUUUGACUCUUGAGUCCUGUGAGAAGAGCAAGCUGCAGUCUAUCUGUAAGGAUGACCCGAGCACAUGGCCUUUUGUCUUCUACCUGAAAACUACAAAGGACAACCACCGUCGCUUUGAGUCGGCUGCGUACAGUGGUUGGUUCAUCCACACGAAACCUUCUGGCUUGGUGUGCGUGGACCAAGGAACAAAUUACACAGAAAGUAACUUCUACAUCAUCCUCCACUUAGGAAAUUAAUAAAAAUAUUUCUUAAAUAUUUUAACCCAUAAACUUGGGUUGAAAUGAAAAGGAAGAUCGAUAUUUGCAAGAUAUUCAAAUUUAUAAGAUGUAUGGAUUCAUUAUCAUCAGCAUAAACACAGCGGUGUUGAGUUACCAUCUGACAUUAAUCCACCCAAUUACAUUUUUCUCUCAUUGAGAUUAAAGUCACGCUUGAUUUAAAAUGUCACUAAUGCUAAUAAUAAUUAUCCCUGAUUUUGUAAUUAUUAGUCACAUUAGCAUUCUGUUAAACAUUUGGACAUAUGAAUUAAUUUUUGAUUAGCAUUAAAUGGCCAUGUUUACUCAGAGCUGAUACGCACCUUUUAACUGCUAUUGCAGUAUUAAGUAAAUAUGUAUCAUAUCACAAUUUAUUGAUUUUUACAUUUUCACAUUCAUUUUUUAUAGUGCUUUUCUUUGCUACAUCAUCUGCAAAAAUGUACUGUGUAUAAAUUUAUUCUGUAUUAUUUCUGAAUGUUAUUGUUUUAAGAAUUCAGUGUUCCCAGAAUAUUUUAUGUCAAGUAUAUAAUUGUUGUUUUUGUGCUAAUAUGCUUAAAUGUCAUUAUUUUUUGAUGUUAUUAUAGCAUAAAUGAAAAAUGUUUUAUACUUUAGUGCUAUUGAGUAUUUACAUCUAUUCACACAAUACAUGAGAAAUCAUCUAUCAUUAUUUCAUUUAGCUAAUUCUGCAGUUUUGUACAUAUUAAUGUUUUUUUUAUGACUUUCACACAAUAAAAAUGUAUAGGUAUGUUGGCAGUAUUCUUCCUUCAUCCUUCAUCUGUUCAUAUGUAAACAUAAUUAUUUAUAGCUGCUAGAUUGUGAUUAUCAUUUCUUAUUAACACUUCUCUCUUUCUUUGUUGGAGGAUUUGCAGUGUUCACCAGUUAAAUUAAAUUCCAUUAGUUUACUUUUCUUCUUAGGAGCUGUGUUUAUGGCACUUAACUGAACAUUGUUUUGCCAUUG